AUGGCUCCAGCACCCUCACGAAUCGCUCCUGUGGAGGGAGAUGCCUUCAUCAACGAAAUCAACAAAGGCCCGCACUGGACCACCGACCUGCCUCAAGAAUACAGAGACGCUUGGGGCUUGGGUCACCUUCCUGUUCCCCCACCUGCAUACGAUACUGAACCUGCUUCGCCUACUGUCUCUUCUUCCCCUCCUACUGCACCAGCUGUUCCCCCUCGUCGUCUUGUUCGUUCUGCCUGGCACCCUGAUCUUUCAUCGGAACCUGGCCACCAAGCUCAUUUCCAUCAACAAGAUCAUCACGCUUAUCAGAGCUUUCCAGACCCUCCUCGAUAUCAAGACACUCUGCAGGGUCAACAACAGCUACGCGCUCAAGACCACCCCCACCAUCCCCAUUCUUAUCAUCUCGAAUACAGUGGUCCCCAAAACCAAACUGCUUCUCAAGGCUAUCUGCAGCGUCAACAGCAGUUACUCAUUCAAGACCACCCUCAGCAUCCCCACUCUCAUUCUCUCGAACAAUCUGUUCCCCAGAAACAGCCUGCCCCUCACUCCACUCAGUCUCCUGACAGUCCACCUCCGCCAUACCCCCUCCACCCAGACCUUUCUGAGAAACUGUAUCAGUUGACCAAGAAAACGGUGGAUCACAUCACCAACACCCUUGGUGCGGAUCGUCUCCGAGCUCUCGCUCUCGAGGGACCUACCGAGUCCGCUGUUGAGGAACUGGAGUCUGUUGGAUCUCGCUAUGACCGGGAACUAGACUUGCUCUUCGAAGGUGACCUCGACUCUGAGACUCAGCAAGCUAUCGACUGGAUGGUCAAGGAGCCCAACGACUGGCCUCUUGAUAAGUCCCUCAAGUCCAUGGUCAACGAGUCACUCCAAGGGAUGAUCAACGAGUCUGCCGAGGCCGCUGUCAACCCCUCCAAGCAGAGUUGUACUUCCCCUUCCCCUUCCCCCUCCGUCGACGUCGGAGACACCGACGCCGUCGAAGCCCCAGAAGAACCCAAGAAAAGGGUUCGAAGCCGCAUCCACAAGAACAAGCCAGGGCGCCGAAGGAUGCGCCAGAGAAAGCUAAAGAGGAUGGCUCUGCGUGCUUCCAACAAUCCCGAGCCCGCCAGGGGCUCCCCCGGCGAUGCUACGCCUACUAGCAUUGCCGAAACCAUCAUCGGGUCGGACAUCGACGUCGUGCGUUCGUCCUCCCCCUCGCCUUGCCCCUCGCCUCUGCCCUCUGAGGGCAUGCAUGUUGUUUCUUCGGCGCCGGCCGUCCCCGAGGCCCCGCCCAAGAAGAAGGGGAAGAUUCAGGCCGAUAAGGCCGGUGACAACAUCCCCCGGGUGUCUUUGGAUGCCCAGCUCACGGCGUCGGCUACGUCUGCCCAGGAGCCGAGAGUCUCUCACGUGGGGGCCACCUCUGAGGUGGAGAACCCUACCGGUGUUACCACCGGUGAGGAUGGUUCUCCCAAAGCCUCGGAGGGCCCAUCUCCCACCGUCGUUGACGGUGACGAGGCCACGGGUGAGUCGUUCACUCCAAACCAGGAGUAUGUCGGCCCGUGCGUCAUCGACACGGAGGAGUGGCGCCAGCGUACGCUGGCUCAUCAAGCUGCCGAGGAGGAGAAGAGAGCUGCCUUCCUCGCUGCUGCUCCCCGUGUUGGUGAUGUGUUCCCUCACUCUGUGGACCAGAGUGAGAACAGCUGGACUCAGUGGCCAAUGCAAGGUCAAUCGGUGCCAGCUCAGUACUCGCACGACGGUGGUCACCGGACUGGGUACCAAAAUCCCUGGUCUGGCGUCGUUGUGGGUCCUGCUCGAGAUGGACCGAUGUGUGGGUUCUACCCAGCCUGCUGCCACCACAAUGGCAACCCCCGUUGCAGCUGCUGCUGCCUCCAUGGCCCAGCACACUGCUGGUAUGCGUCAGAUAACAAUUUCCCACGCAAUACCGAUAGGUUUGUCGCCGCCCCGCCCCCGCCUGCCGCCGGCCGGGAGCUUGCACCUGCGGUUGCUUCGCUAUUCGAAGCAUAUCGCACGUCAAAGAUGUCGCCGAGUACCAAGUCCUCGAGCUUGGGUGAGCCUGUCAGUGAGCCCAUCGUUGAGUCGGUGGAAUCGCUGUUUGUCGUUGACCGACAGUCGUCCCGGGCUUCGUCUACCUCUACCCAGGCACCAAACGAGCCCGCUGUCGUCUCAUCCACGACAAACACCGACACAACCCUGGAUGCGUCCACCAUUCAGGAGACAACCCCGGCCAACAACUCACAGAUGAUGAGUUUGCGCCAGGCUCAUCCCGGCGAGUUCUUGACUCCGGAGGACUUGAAGUCCCCCAGCCUGUACUUUGACGCCAAGUCAAAGAACCUGAGCUCCUCCGUUCUGGCUUCCAGCGAGUCGAAAGAGGCUUCGCGGACUACCAGCCGCAAGCCAUCGACCGCCGCCAGCAACGACCCCGAGGAGAAAGGCCCAUCAAUGUCGGCUGAGGACGCCCCGGAGACUCGCAACCAGGGUUGCCAGACUAUGCCUGCCGAUGCCCGUGAACAGUCCCGCCAGCCUGAGGCCACUGGCCCACUGGCUUUCCAGACUGACCAUAUCAAGGCGCUGUUUGGCAACCCUGUGUUCGCCGACAUCCAGCUCCUGCUGAGCCCCGACCCGUCCCAUCCUCCCAUCAUCUAUAAUCUCCACAAGGCGAUUAUUGCUGGGAGCCCCUUUUUGUGCGAUGUGAUGGCCGCCAAGAGACACCGUGAUGGUGGUGUCAACCAUAUUCGUGCUUUCACCGGAAUCUCAUUCUCGUGCUCGCACGCCUUCACCAUGGCCCUUCAGGUCCUGUACGGAACCCCCCUCGUCAACAACGAGACCCUUCGCAAGUCCACUCUGCAGGGACUGGGUCUUCCCGACGACAACGGCACAGGAACCUACUCCUUCUCCAUUGAGCGUGCCAUGGUUGAUUUCGCCCUUUGCUACGCUGCCGCUGGCGCGUUCCUUGCACGCCGCGAGAUUACCGAGCGAGGCAUCGACAUGGCCAUCAGUCGCAUUUCCUGGGAGACUGCCGAGUUCAUCCUCAGCUUUGCCAUGACCCCCGUCACUUACAUGGUGACCUGCCCCGAUGUGCCCUUCUCCCCAAUCAGUCCCGCCAACUCGCGCGCGUCCUCUCUCUCCGCUGGCCACGGCAAUGGCAAUGGCACUCCCAUCGCUGGACUCGAUCAUUUCCACGACUUCCACUAUGUUCAGGCGCAACGAGCUCAGAAUGCCGCCCUGCAUUUCAUCACCGCAGCGGUCAAGCCGGGCUUCGAACUGUACCGACGUGCCCAGGCUCACUACACCCCGAGCCGCGUCCCGCCUGCUCUACACACCCUCCCGGGAUCCAUGCUAUCCAACCCACGCCUGGAGGAGAUCCGAUUCGGCAAUUUCCCUUCCUUCGCCGACCUGCGUCCUACCGACCAAGGCAUCCUGGUUCCUUCCGCCAUGCUGAUCACCCUCCCAUACCGGGUCUUCCUGGCUACCCUUGACAUCAUGAAAGCUUGCGGCAAUCUAAGCACCGAGCUGCUCAAGGAGGUCCUAGAGGAGCGCGAGUCACGUCGUCUGCAUGCACUGCGUAUCUCUCUCCGCGUUGACAGCUGCAAGGUCCCUCCUGUGGCCUUUGCCGAACUGCUGUAUCGGGAAUUCGCCACGACGGAACCAACUGAACACACCACUGAUCAAAAUGAGGGUGUGCUCCCCCCAAUCGUCGACCGGGUUUGGACUGGAUAUGAUUUCCCAAACAAGUCGGCCCUGAGACCCCGUUGCCGUGCGUCUUCCAAUGGCUCCGGCCCUCCCCUUGCGAGCAAUGCCUCCUGA